GUCCCCGUUCUCCCACUUCCGUUUCCGCCGGCGGCGGUUAUGGCGCGAAGGAGCGGCCGGAGCGGGAGGGCGGCCCCCGCGGACCCGUUCCAGGAGGGCGACGAGGACGAGGACUUCGCCGCGCCGCCGAAGAAGGCUCGCCCCGCCGGGAAGAGAGUUCCCCUCGGUGAGAAACUUUUCCAGAGAGACUUGGAAGUUACCUUAGCCCUGUCAUUGAAUGAAUAUUUGGGAAACAAAGAUAAAAUUCAGAAAAAAGAUGACCGUGCUGAACCUAAGGCAGCCGUAGAGGAUUUCAAACAGGAAGCUGUGUUAUCCACACCAGAGAUGGAGAACGAUGAAAACUUAUCUGCCAAUCAGGAAAACUCUCAGCCACCUUCGGAGGUUGAAUUAGGUUCUUUGAAAUCGGUUGGGAAGCCUUUGAAAACCUCAAGCCCUUCAGUGCCCAAGAAGCCCAGCUGGACACCCCCAGGUGCAUCUGGAAGCAAAACCAGCCCAUUGGGAAGAGCUCCUGUUAGAUCACCUGUUCACAGUCUCCGGCUUGGCCUCUCCAGACUUGCCAAAGUGAAACCUUUGCACCCAUCUUGUGCCGGUACCUAAGAGGGCUUAGGCUGGGACGAGAAGGCUGCAGUUUGAGGUGGAACAGAGGAAAAAUCAGUUUUUUAAAAAAUACAGAACCAGGCGCAAGCAAUAAAGGCAUCCCAAUUGGGAAAACGCCUUUUAAAAAUGGGUUCUGUCCCUUAAAAUAUCCAGCAAUAACGCCAUGGGUUUAUUUAUUGUCCCUCAAAAGAUCUAAGUGAUAAUGCCCUGGUUCCAUCUGCUUUCCCUCAAAGAGUUGGCCAACGAAACACAACCCAAUCUUUCUAGUUUUAUCCCAGUUUGGCCAAGUGUAGCUUUUGAGGAUUGCAUAACCAGCAACAGUGGUUCGGAGCAUCUUCUGACCAUGUAGAGCCGCGUUUCUCAACCGUGGCAACUUUUAAGAGAUGUGGACUUCAACUCCCAGAAUUCUCCAGCCAAACCCUGGGGAAUUUGGGGAGUUGAAGUCCACAUGUCUUAAAGUUGCCACGGUUGAGAAACAGAAUGUGUCUAGAGAGUGUGUUUUAAAACCGCUAUGAAAGCAACGUGUUAUUCCCUCCUUGGUUUUACUUCUAAUAGAAAACACUGUCAUUACCAUCAGUUUACAGCUGUUAUUUACCUGACCAAUGAAGUGCGCGUUCAGCUUCUAGUCCUUGCAAGCAUUAUUCGCUCUUUGAAUGAGAUACUGAAUGUAGUGAUCGAACAUAUUUAUCAUUGCGACUUUAGACAAUGAAAUAAAUUUUUUUUUUAGAAAAAACAA